AUGUGUGAAAAGCCAAAAUACACUGGUUCGUCCGUGGCUGUAACCGGUGCAUUAGAGGGUUUACGGCCGGGUAAGCAUGGGUGUCAUAUACACGAGUUUGGCGAUUUUUCACGCGGUUGUCUCUCGACUGGGCCUCACUACAAUCCGGACGGGAACGAUCAUGGGGCUCCGGAUGACACGAAUUGCCAUGUCGGUGAUCUCGGUAACAUCGUGGCCUAUAGCACCGGACUGGCCAAAAUACAAAUCGCGAAUAAAAAAUUAACCCUCGUCGGUGACCGAAGCAUCAUAGGGCGGACGCUCUCCAUAUCCGAGUACGAGGAUGAUUUAGGGCGAGGAAAACAUGAUUACAGCAAAACGACCGGAAAUUCUGGCAACUGCAUUGCCUGUGCAAUUAUUGGUGUCGCUCGCGAAGAAUACUUUGCCGAACGAUUGCAUCUGACCACAGACGAGUAAUGAAUGCUUAAUAUUAACAGCAAGCCUUAUCCAAUGGGACAUAUGUCCUUCUAAAGCUAAAGCUCCCAGCUCGAUUCGUUAUGCUUAAAGUGCUGAAUUAAUUCUUUUACUUGCAACAUAUUCUUCAAAGUAUAUUAUUUUUGCUGUUUACUAAGAAAGAAACU